CUCUCUCGCGUUGUAGAGAAAGACAUUACUGCCGCAUGGAAAGCAAUUGCGGAUGCUCCGCGCGCCCGUAUCCAUACAUUUGUCGGCACAUCGUCGAUUCACAUGGGACGUAUCACGCGGACGACCCCAGAAGAUACACUCCGAAUGGCAACGGAUGCUGUCGCCUACGCUAAGAGUCUCUGUGAAGGACACCCGGAUGCGAAUGUGGAAUUUUCACCGAUGGACGCAGGACGGACAGAGUUAGCGUUUCUUUAUGAGGUCGUUGAAGCAACUAUCGCUGCAGGCGCGACCGUCGUCAAUAUCCCAGAAACCGUCGGAUGGACAGUACCAACGGAGUUCGGUAAUCUGAUUAAAGGUAUCAUGGAAAAUGUCCCGAAUGUUGACGAUGCCAUUAUUAGUGUCCACUGCCAUAACGAUCUCGGAUUGGCGGUGGCGAAUAGCCUCAUCGCGAUUGAGCAAGGCGCGCGUCAGGUAGAAUGCACAAUCAACGGGCUCGGAGAACGCGCCGGGAACACCUCACUCGAAGAGGUGGUCAUGGCAAUCCGAACCCGGCGUGACUACUUUAGUGAGUAUUACACCGAGAUUAACGCCAAAGAGAUUGUCCCGAUUAGUCGGCGUGUGAGCCGGACGAUGGGCAUUUCCGUGCAACCGAACAAGGCGAUUGUCGGCGCGAAUGCUUUCGCUCACAGUUCCGGUAUCCAUCAGGACGGGAUCAUCAAAUCACGAGUGACAUUUGAAAUCAUUGAUCCGAAAGAGAUCGGUUGGAAAGAGAGUCAACUCAUCCUCAGUCCGCGUUCGGGACGCAACGCACUCAGACACCGACUCAGCGAACUCGGCUACGAAGUGGACGCUGAACAACUGGAUAAGGUCUAUGAAAGAUUCCUGAAGGUCGCCGAUAAGAAGAAAGCAGUACAGGAUGCUGACCUUGAGGCAAUCAUGAGCGAUGAGAUUCGCUCGAUCCCUGCUGUUUAUGAGCUUGAUUAUAUUCAAAUCGUCAGUGGCACGAGAAUCGCAUCGACAACGACGGUCGGUAUUCGGACGGAAGACGGAAUCGUUGAAAGAGCAUCAACUGGAGAUGGGCCCGUUGAUGCCGCGUUUAAGGCAAUUGGUCAGGUUAUUGACAUUCAACUAAAUCUCAUUGACUACCAGAUCCGUUCCGUAACCGAAGGCGAAGACGCUAUCGGUGAGGUCUCGUUGAAGGUACAAGACAACUGGGAAUAUCAUCACGGGACACGGUGCCAGCACUGA